AUGAAUGCAGAUAUAGAAAAGGAGCGAUUGAGACCCAUUCGACGACAUGGGUGUAGCGAUAUACAACUGUAUUAGGCAGUGAGUUGGAUAUACACGGUUUUCGACAUGAUAAUGUCCUUUAUGAUUGCAUUCUUAAUGGAUGAUGGAGUCAAGGUAGUCUAUGACUAAUUCUUAGGAAUUCAUGCUGAUAGUGCUGACAAUUCUUACGAUGGGCAUCGUCUACACGUGCUUAAGAGCUACACUCAUAGACCCUACCGACAGUGUUGUCUUGAAGGAGCAAAACUUUAAAUCGAAAGGGUGCAUGAUUAUGUUAUUUUUAGAUUGGAAUUCAAGACUGACCUCAAGACUUAUUGUUUAGUGUGUCAGGCACACGUGAUGGAAAAGUCAAAGCAUUGUUUUAGUUGUAAUAAGUGUGUUGAAGUAUUUGAUCAUCAUUGUAUUUGGUUGAACAAUUGCAUAGGCAUCAAGAACUACAACUACUUUUUCAUCUUGGUGGUCUUGCUUGUCAUUUUCAAAUGUUUGAGGAUUAUUCAGGACAUCCUCCUCUUACUGAACUACGCCUUCUAAAUUCUUGCUCUUAUCAGCAUCAUUCUUGAUCCUCCAAUCCUUUUUGUUCUUUCUUAUUUAUUGGGAAUGCACCUAUUCUUCAAGUAAGCCAUCAAUCUAAAUCAAGGUACAAAGAUGAAAAAGGACAAAGAGAAGUUGAAGGUGUAGCAAUAGCAACAACUCCCGAAGAUGAAUGAAAGUGCAGGCUAUGGACAAUUGCUCUCCACUUCCAAACGCUUUGACCUCAAAUCCUCUUUGUCGAACAAGACUGAUAGCAAAGUUCCUUAAUAAAAUUUCUUCCCAAAACCUCUGCCUCUCCAGGCUCUCAAGAAUCCCAAUCUUUCAGGUCCUCAAGUUACCCAAUUGCAAAGUAUCUUCACCAACAAACCCACAACUCCCAAUAACAACGAAUAGUUAAGGAAGGAAUAUGAAGAGGUGGAUGGGAGACAAAUUUUUAAUAAGGUAAUUGCUGAGGACAGCGAACCACAAUAGAACAGUGACUCAAGAGAUGAAGAAAAUGAGAAUGAUCGUGAUCAUGAAAUUGAUAAUGAGAUUGAGAUCGAAAUUCAAAAUUAAAAUUAACAAUCUGAAAAAGAAUAAAAUUGA